AUGUAUGAUAGCAAAUCGGAAAAGCAUGCCUCUAAAAUGAAUAUUGACCAUAUAAAAGAUGAAAAUAUAUUCUGUUUGAUUUGUGAUGAAUAGGAUUAUACAGAACAAAACUAAAUAGUAUUUUGUGAUGGAUGCGAUGUUACAGUUCAUUAGGAGUGUUAUCAUGUUGUAAAUUUGGGAGCAAAAUGGUAUUGCUAGAAAUGUUUGGCAUUGAACGACAACAAAGAUCAACAGAUAAAUUGCUAAUUUUGUCCAGAAUAGUUCUAAAUUACAGAAUAAGUAUAGUUGAAUGGACAAUAGCAAUGGGCUCAUUCAAUUUGUUUGAGAUGGAACCCAUUUUUAGUGUAAAAUCCAAAAAGUCAUAAUUUAUACUCAUGUGAAACAGACCUUCAAACAGGUUUGAAAUGCCGUUAUUGUCAAAAGACUGAUGGUUUUCAAUUAGAAUGUUACUAUCAAGGAUGUUAAGAGGCAUUUCACAUAGGGUGUUUGAAGGUUAAUGGAGGAAUAAUGAAUAAGAAGGCGAUGGAUUGUCUAUACACAUACAUGAAACCGUAUUUGAGAAUACAAGAUAAGAAAUUAUUGUUUUGUGUGGAACAUGUUGAGGAAUUAAUGGAUAAGUUGAAGAAGGAUGAAAAAAGUCAAAUAGAAUAGAAGUUUGUAAAAUUGAGGAAUGAAAGACUGCAAUCUUAUUACAUCUAUAAUAGGAAUAAUAAAUAGAUAGAUGAGGAUAAGAAUGAGACUAAGGCAGCAAGGAAAUAAAAAAAUUACGAAGAUGAGCUUUUUGAUGAGGUUGUCCAAUUGAAAUAGUUGAAAUAAGCUAAAAUACCAAUAAAGGAUAAAAAAGUGAAAAUGCAAUUCAAGGAGUACAUGACAAGGAAACUAAAUGAUCAAUUGCAUAAAUUAAGGGAUGAUUUUAUGAAGAAAAAUCAUAAUGAUCUAAAUGCUGACGAGGAUACUUAUAUUUAAAUAGAUACUCAAUUAAGCAAGAAACUAUUCGAUAAGUUGGUGGACAUCAACAACUUAGAGGAAUUUGAUAAAUAUUUAGUGAGUUAUUUCAUUUUUAACAAUAUGAUUCGGAAACCAAAUAAUCCUGAGAUUUAUAUUCGAGAUGACAAUAACAAUUGCUAAUAUUGGAAAAAGGUGUUGGAUGAAUUGGGGAUUAAAAACGGGGAAUAAUUCUCAAGGUUUUUGAAUGUUCUCAGAUUGAAGAAGAUGAAUAUUGUGAGUAGGAAUAAUGAGAAAUUGCAAUAUGAAUAGGAUUUACAAUAGCAAUUCGAGAUCUAAAAUAAUGAGUUGAUUGAAUGA